AUUACCGUAAUUUGCAUAAACAAGAGAAGUAACUCAGUUGAAGCAAAUCCACUAAACCUAAUUGACAUGUCUGAGAAAUUUUUCCUCAUUUUAGUUUUUCUAAGUUUUUCCACCGCUAUAGAAUGGAAAUUCCCUGCUGAUUUCAAAUUCGGAGUCGCCACGGCGGCCUACCAGAUCGAAGGUGGCUGGAAUGCCGAUGGUAAAGGUACCAGCAUAUGGGACACUCUGGGGCAUAACCGCUCCAUCCUCGUAAAAGACCGCAGCAACGGUGACAUAGCUUGCGAUUCAUACCACAAAUGGGAGGAGGACGUCCAAAUGGUCAAAAAUCUGGGCGUUGACACUUAUCGGUUUUCUGUAGCUUGGACUAGAAUUCUACCAGAAGGUUACGCCACAAGGGUGAACCAGCCAGGAGUCGACUAUUACAACAAACUGAUUAAUAAGUUGAUCGAAAAUGGGAUUGAACCGGUCGUUACUUUGUACCAUUGGGACUUGCCUCAAGUUUUCAGCCCUUUGGGGGGAUGGACCAAUCCAGUGGUUGUCCCACAUUUUGCGAACUAUGCCAGAAAGGCAUUUGAAUUGUUUGGGGAUAGGGUCAAGACGUGGAUUACGAUAAAUGAGCCGAGAUUAAUUUGCAACGAAUACAAAGGGCUAGUUGGAGACAUAACAGAGGAUUUUCCUUUAGGGGUAUCUGAGUAUUUGUGUGCCAAGAACGUACUAAAAGCACACGCUGAAGCUUACCACAUCUACGAUAAAGAAUUCAGAAAAACACAAAAAGGCAAAAUCUCGAUAACUCUAGACAUGACGUGGUCAGAACCCGCAACAAAUAAUCCUGAAGAUGUCAAAGCAGCCGAACAAAACCGUCAGUUUGAUUUUGGUAUUUACACUAACCCGAUUUUUAAUUAUGAUUAUCCAAAAAUUGUCAUUGACCGUGUGGCAAACCGAAGUCAAAUGGAAAAUUUUCCACAAUCGAGACUCCCGCAACUUACCACCGCUGAAAAAUUAAAAAUUCGUGGUACUUACGACUUCUUGGGCAUAAACCAUUACAUUACCUUGUAUUCUAAAGCCGCUAACGAACCACCCUUUUCCAAACCAUCGUUCAAAGCUGACGCUGGAGGUGAAAGGUUUCGGGACGAAAAUUGGAAAGGUGGCGCGGCAAAUUGGAUUAAACUUGUCCCUUGGGGUUUACGAAACCUUUUAAAAUGGAUUAAAGUAAACUACCGUAACCCGGAAAUCAUAAUAACGGAAAAUGGCACCGCUGACGAUGGUUCAGAUUUUUUAGAAGAUGAUGAAAGAAUCGAAUAUUAUCGAGAAUAUCUCAAUGCGACUCUACAAGCAAUUAUUCAGGAUGGAGUCAAUGUUAAAGGCUACAUGGCGUGGAGUUUGAUGGACAACUACGAGUGGACAAAUGGAUACACGCUGAGAUUUGGCCUCUACCAUGUGAACUUCACCGAUUCCAACCGCACCCGAACACCGAAAAAAUCCGUCAAGUUUUUCAAAAGCCUCACAAGUACCAAAACCAUACCGUGAGUGAUCAGCCGUGACCUUUGAACACAUCUAAAAUAUCUAUUUGUAAGGGAUUAAGUUGUAUUUACUUUAAUAAAACCGUAAAACCGC